GAGCGCCUCGGCUUUGGUCACGUGCGCCCCGACGCACGUCUCAGCUGACGGCGCUCUCCCGCCCCUUUCGGUCAGCCAUCACGCUGACGACAAACGUGAGGACAAUAUCGAUGAUCUUGACGCACGCACGCACGCACGCCGCGUGGUCUGAGAGCGCCCGUGCGGGGGAGCGGCAGGAUAAGCCGGCGUGUGUGGAGAAUGCGAUUAGACGCGCGCUCAGCCAGGCAGCCAAUGGCGGCCGAGCGCCGGGCGGGCCCGCCAGCCAUAUGCAAAUGAGCGCCUUGCAAAUGAGGACACUUUUGUCAUUUUUAGCAGCUCUCGCUCUCCUUUCUCCGCUCGGAAGGCACAAAGAGGAUUUCAGGGAAACGACAUCCGUCUUCGCUUUGUGUCAUUUUUUGCCAUCUUUUCACCGGUCGCUCGCGACCACAAGAGGGCGCCAUCGGUUCAGCCCGGCUCGCAUGCCGCCUCGCACGUGGCGGCGUUGUCCCCCCCACAACGCGCUUGAUUCUGAUGGACUACAUUCAUCCCACCCGAGCCGCUUGUACCAGGGAGGCUUUACGGUGGUAGCCGAUGUUCCGCUGCACUACUUUUGUCCAAAGCCAACAUGGCAACAGGCAUGAGCGUUUCCGCCUUCAAUUUCCAUGACAUUACGCUGAUGCGCUUUUCGAGAUCGGCGACUCUUUGAUUCAUUGAAGCGGCCCAGUUGCAUUGUGGGAAGUGUAGUUCCUAUGCGUGCCGUAUAGGCCUUUGCUUGCUUCCUCCUGCCCUUUGUGGAAAUCUCUGUCAUUCCUUGACUGAAUGGAGACCGCCCCGCCCCUCCCCCUCGGCGGAAUCGAGUAUGCGUGUGUGUGAGCGAGUGAGUGUGUGUGUGUGUGUGUCAUAAAAAGAGGAAUGAAUGGUGCAAAGGAUGGAGGGAUAAAUGAGGGGAGGAUGCAAGGAAGGAAGGAGAGAAGAAAAGUCAUGACUGCUGACUCUUCAAGUGCACAUUCACACACACACACACACUGCGAGAGUGUGUGUGUGUGUGUACGCAGCGAGCGCUGUGAUUGGCUGGAGCAGGACACGAGGAAGCUGCAGAGGAGGCGAAGCUACAAAGAGUGCGUGUGCCGUCCAAAGGUGUGUGUGUGUGUGUGCGUGUGCGUGCGCAUGUUCGAGAGGAAACCUGAGCUGACUUUCUUUGUGCGGGAUGAUGCUUGCCGUUUGCGACGCUCGCCACUAGCCGUGUGAUAGCCGCGUGCGUGCGUGCGUGCGUGCGUGCGUUAGCCCCCCGGUGAGGAUGGAGCGCUUCCUGGCUCUCCUGCGCCUGCUCCAAAGGAGGCGCAGGAGGAGGUACCGCGCCGACGACGACUACCAGGAAGGAUACGACGACGUCUACUUCUACACCAGCAAGUACCACGCGCGCCUGCUACAUGAAGGUCCGUACACCAAACAGUCGGCGGGCUCGCGUCCGUCGGACGGAGCGCUGGCCGUCAGGAGGCAGAGCAUCCCGGAUGAGUUCCGGGGCUGCACGCUGGUGGAGCUGAUGAAGAAGGAGGGCACCACGCUGGGGCUGACCGUGUCGGGCGGCAUCGACAAGGACGGAAAGCCGCGGGUGUCCAACCUGAGGCAGGGAGGGAUCGCCGCCAGGAGCGACCAGCUGAACGUGGGCGACUACAUCCGCUCCGUCAACGGCAUCAACUUGGCCAAGUUCCGCCACGACGAGAUCAUCAGCCUGCUGAAGAACGUGGGCGAGCGCGUGCUGCUGGAGGUGGAAUACGAGCUGCCGCCCGUCUCCGUGCAGGGUUCGGGUGUCAUGUUCAAGACGGUGGAGGUGACGCUGCACAAGGAAGGGAACAGCUUUGGAUUCGUCAUCAGAGGCGGAGCCAGUGAAGACAGGAACAAGUGUCGACCCAUCGUCAUAGCAACCGUACGCUCGGGAGGGCCAGCUGACAGGGAGGGCAGCAUCAAACCUGGCGACCGUCUGCUGAGCAUUGACGGCAUCCGUCUCCACGGCAACACGCUGGCGGAAGCCAUGAGCGUUCUGAAGCAGAGCGGACAGGAAGCCACCAUGCUGCUGGAGUACGACGUCUCCGUCAUGGACUCCGUGUCUUCGGCUUCGGGUCCUCUGCUGGUGGAGGUUGCCAAGGCGACGGGCUCCAGCCUGGGCGUGGCUCUGUCCUCGUCCAUGUUCUGCAGCAAGCAGGUCAUCGUCAUCGACAAAGUUAAAGCGGCCAGCAUCGCCGACAGGUGCGGCGCCCUCCACGCGGGCGAUCACAUCCUGUCGGUGGACGGCAAAUCCAUGGAGUUCUGCUCCCUGGCCGAGGCCACGCAGCUGCUUUCCGCUUCCUGCCACAACGUGCGCUUGGAGAUCCUGCCGCAGCACCAGGCCCGCCCGGCCCUCAACGCGCCGCAGCAAGUCAAGGUGCAGCGUUCUCCCCGCCCCCUCCCCUGGGAGACCGGAACCUCCGCACCCAUCCUCCCCCCUUACCACUACAACACGUACCAUCCUGACCAAUCGGGCGGCAGGUCGCACAACCGCCAUACAAACAACGCGUCGCUGGGCCACACGUUCUCGCCGGGCUCCAUGUCGGCGUACAGUCUGUCGUCCCUCAACAUGAGCAUUCCCAGGAACGCGUAUCCCACCAGUCCGCGGGGCACGCUCAUGAGGAAGAAGCAGAAGAAGAAGGACUUCAAGAGCUCCCUGUCCCUGGCGUCCAGCACGGUGGGUCUGGCCGGCCAGGUGGUCCACACCGAGACCACCGAGGUGACCUUGCUGGGCGACGGCGUCAUGGGCUUCGGCCUCCAGCUGCAGGGCGGCGUCUUUGCCACCGAGACGCUCUCCUCGCCCCCGCUCAUCGCUUACAUCGACCCUGACAGUCCCGCUGAGAGGUGCGGCAUCCUGCAGAUCGGCGACAGGAUCUUGUCCAUCAACGGAGUUCCCACAGAAGACUCCACGUUGGAAGAAACCAAUCAGCUGCUCAGAGACUCCUCCAUCACCGCACAACUCACACUGGAGAUUGAGUUUGACGUGGCCGAAUCGGUCAUCCCGUCCUCCGGAACCUUCCACGUGAAGCUGCCCAAGAAACCGGGAGUGGAACUGGGAAUCACCAUCAGCUCGCCGUCCAACAGGAAAGCGGGGGACCCUCUCAUCAUCUCGGACAUCAAGAAGGGCAGCGUGGCUCACAGGACGGGCACGCUGGAGCUGGGAGACAAGCUGCUGGCCAUCGACAACAUCCGCGUGGAGACCUGCUCCAUGGAGGAGGCCGUGCAGAUCCUGCGGCAGUGCGAAGAGCUGGUCAAGCUCAAGAUACGCAAAGACGAGGACAACUCCGACGAGCAGGAGGUGUCGGGGAGCAUCAUCUACACAGUGGAGCUGCAGCGCUACGGAGGGCCCCUGGGCAUCACCAUCUCCGGCACCGAGGAGCCUUUCGACCCUAUCAUCAUCUCCUCGCUCACCAAGGGAGGCCUGGCCGAGAGGACGGGCGCCAUCCACGUGGGCGACCGCAUCCUGGCCAUCAACAGCAGCAGCCUGAAGGGCAAACCCCUGAGCGAGGCCAUCACCCUCCUCCAGCAGGCGGGGGAGACCGUCACGCUCAAGAUCAAGAAACACGGCGAACUGUCCAGUCCCAAGUCGUGUCCGGGCCAGGAGAACCACGACGGCGAGGGGGGAGAGGAGCCGCCUCUCACGGCGCCGCCCCCUUCGGCUCAGAGGUUGUUCGGCACGCUGCCCUCCGUCGACAGCGCCGUGGAGUCCUGGGACGGGUCCAACGUGGACGGCGGCUUCGGCAGCCCGACUCCUUCCUUCCAGUCGUCGCCCUUCACCUUCCACGAGUGGCGCAACGCCAAGACGGGCAACAGCCAAUCGCCCGCUUCGUCUCGCCGGCGAGCCAAUCCGCUGCCGGACCUGUCGGGCCUCAACGACGACUGGGAACACGUCGCGCUCGGCGGGUUCACGGUGGGUCAUGAUGGGACAGAACCGGACCAGGAGGAGAACUUCUGGUCUCAGGCUCUGGAGGAUCUGGAGACGUGUGGACAGAGCGGAAUCCUCAGAGAACUGGAGGAGCCGGAAAAGGAGACGGCGCUCCUCACUGGGGCCACCAUCAUGUCCGGCUCCACCCUCAGCCUGAACCACGAGCCGCCCGCCUCGCGCACCUCGCUGGGACGCCAGGCCAGCUUCCAGGAACGCAGCAACACCCGCCCCCAGGUGACCCCGCGCUCCAACACCUUGCCCUCCGACCCCCAGCGCAGAGCCUUCGCCAUGAAGAAGAUGAGGCAGGAAGUCAACGACAUCCUCAAUCAGACGCCGGUGGAGCUUCACAAGCUGACUCUGGAAAAGUCUUCCGACUUGGAGGACUUUGGCUUCAGCGUGUCGGACGGCGUUCUCGAUCGCGGCGUUUACGUCAACAACAUCCGCGGCGGCGGCCCGGCCGAGCGCGGAGGCCUGCAAGCGUACGACCGCCUCCUCCAGAUCAACCACGUGCGCACUCGAGACUUUGACUGCUGCCUGGUGGUUCCGCUCAUCGCCGAGUCGUCCAACCGCUUGGAUUUGGUCAUCAGCCGAAACCCCGCCUCCUCUGCCAACCCGCUGACCAAUCAUACGGAAGGCACAGACAAUAGCCACGCCCCUCAGCCGACCGCUUACCAAAAGGAAGCACGUGAGGACGCGGGCGAGGACGGCGCGCCAAUCAAGUGGAAGAAACCUGGGGACGGGCUGGGGGCCGGCCUGGGGGCGGGGCGAGUCACCAACACUUCUGUAUAGGGACUGAACUCAACACGCCCCCUCGGUGCUACACACGACCUCUGAACUUGGACCUGCUGAGGCAGCCUGAAAGCACACACACACACGCACACUUCCUGGUCCUCCACCCUGAUCCGGAUCCUGAUCCCACUCGGAGCGCAUUCCUGAUUUAAUCUCGAUACCAAUCCUGAUUUGGAUCCAAGUCCUGAGGCCCCUACUGAUCCAAAUGUCAAUCCCAAUCUCAGUCCUCAUCGCACUACUGAUCCUGAUCCCAUUAUGGAUCUCCCUCCAACCCUUGAUACCACUACUGAGCCUGAUCCCACUUGAAAUCCUACUAUUCAUCUCACUACUGAUCCCGAACCCUUCAAAUCCCCAUCUGGGUCUGAACCCUGACCACUUUACCGUCCCCAAUCCUAACCUUACCCCUGCAAAUUGAAAUCCAGUGCGGUCUUCAACACACCACUGACACCGAGGCCAUUCCUGGUCUCGCAAUUGUUCCUGACCCAAGUGCACCUUCAACCUCGGAGGAGAUGGUCUAUCGGUGCGACAGGAAGCAGAACAGAAACAGAAGCACAGCAGCGGCACAAACACUGACGAGGGGUCACUAUUUCCGACCUAUUGGCUGCACGCCGUCGCCACGGAGACAGACGACCAACGGAUUUCUAUUGAUCCAAAGUACUUGGGGCAUCUAUAUGGCAGUUGGACUUGUGUGCCAUGGAGGAAAGUGUGGAAAAACAAAACAACAUCGCAUUACAAACAUAGUGAUUAUUCUGAUGACACUGACAGACACUGAGCAGUUUCAUUUUUGAAAAAAAAAAAAAUAUAUAUAUAUAUAUACACGUUGACUGGCCACACUGUGUGUGAGUGAGUGAGUGAGUGAGUGAGUGUGAGCGUGUGUGUGUAUUGUCGUCUUUGGCCAACUCGGCUUCCCUAAAACCUGUUAACCCCGCCCCUCACCGUCCCUCAGCCAAUAGGCUCAAUAACGACGCCUGACUCUGAUUGGUUCUCCACCGACCACACACACACUCACGCCAACGAGCAUGACCCCGCCCCUCCUCCAGUAACUGUGAUCAAUUAUGCUAAUUGUGUGUUUUGAUUGACUGUUGUCACUUUUCUCUGUUUGUUUGUUUCCGUGACGACUGGACCUCACAAUGUCAAAAAAAACGAAAACAAAGGUCGAGUCCUCGUCGUCACUGUGGUUUGACAUUUUAGAAAACAUGCUGUGACACGUGCGUGACGUCAACAUUUAGCUGCUAGCUCUCUUGCCUCUCUAGAAAGUCGACAUUUUCAGAAGCCUCCAAACAAACACACACAAAUGCUGCUCUGUGCUCGAGAGGGAAGCGUUGUGAUUGGAUGUCGUUUGCUUGCGUGCGAUUGGUCCUUCUAGUUGACUUGAGUUAGCCAUUCAGCUGUUUGAAGCACAGCGCCCACUAGUGGCUAGCAAACAGAGCACACACAGCUAGCUUGUGGCUAACAAGAUACUUAGCACAAGGCUAACACAGGGCUAGUCUAGCACGGCUGAGCUAACUUCAUCAACAACAAGAAAAAAAGAGUUAGAAUUGACCAUUUCCACCAAUAGAAAGGAGCCGAGGGGCUUUUGGGGCGUGGCUUCAGGAAUGCGUGCCAUUAAGCCAUACACACACACGCACACACACUGUGUUUGUACGCGUGUAUUGCGCGUGCGCAACCUUGCAGGUUUUUGCGCGUGCACACACGCGCAUUGCACUGCCAUUGGAAAAAAGAGAGUUGGCUUCCAUGUAGCUUCACCAACCAACCAAACAACAAAUAAGUGAACCAACGACUUUUGUUUCAGGAACACGGACAAUGUUGUAAAGUAUUUUUGUACAAAUUUCAUACUUUGGUAGCAUGAUGUUCCUGCUGUGUGUCCUGCUGUCUCCACCUUUCUUUGUGUGGACGACGACUGAGCAACAAUAAACCCCAACUAUUCAUGACGCCUUUA